CACAACAAAGCCCGCGAAGAGAAGGGUGUCAAGGCUUUGCAGUGGGAUUCCAUCCUCGCCUCCGAUGCAGAAAGCCAUGCAAAGACCAUGCUCCAAGGUGGCCAACUAUCGCACGCGGAGGGACUCGAGAGUCAUGGUGAAAGCUUGUUCAUGCAGAUUGGAGAUGCAACAUUCGAUCAGGCUGUAGAGAAGUGGUUGGAGGAAGAGAGGUUCUACAAUGGCGAGAAGGCUGGCGAAGGCGACUUUUUGAAAUGGGGUCAUUUCUCCCAGUGUGUAUGGUACAGCACGACACACAUUGGCAUGGGAAGAGCGCAGGCUGAGAAUGGGACGACCUUCAUCGUGGCGAGGUACUCACCCGCGGGAAAUGUCAAGGGCGAGAAGCCUUUUUAG